AUGGUUAAACAAGAAGAAAGAGAUAUCAGCUUCCUGACAAGUCUACCAGGAGCAUCAGAUAAGCUAAAAAUCUUGCAUACAGAUCUUUGUGAUCCAAACAGCUUUGAAGUUCCUAUUAAAGGAUGUGCAGGUGUCUUUCAUGUGGCUGCCCCCACCUAUUUUGAUCCCAAAGAACCUGAAGAAGUAGUCCUAAAAAGAGCAAUAGAUGGAACCAAUGGAAUCUUAAAGGUGUGCUUGAACUCAAGGACAGUGAAGCGAGUUGUAUACACUUCUAGUGCAGCAGCAGUUGGUUUUAAUGACAAGAAUGCACAAGUAAUGGAUGAAAGUUUUUGGAGUGAUAUCAAUUACAUUAAGUCACUAAAUCCCUUCGCGAGGGCUUUCUGGGUUUCCAAGACAUUGGCUGAGAAAAAAGCUCUCGAAUUCGCUGAGGAACAUGGUCUGGACCUUGUGACUGUAGUCCCUGCUUUUGUUGUUGGCCCCUUCAUUUGUCCAAAUCUUCCUGCAUCAGUGGAGGCAGCAUUAGCUAUGAUUUUUGGUAAGUCAGAUCUAUAUAAUCAUCUGUUACAUAUAAGAAUGGUGCACGUUGAUGAUCUUGUAAGAGCACAUAUCCUUCUUGGAAAUUCUAGUGCAAAAGGGAGGUACAUUUGUUCUUCAGACAUUAUAACUAUUGAAGAGAUGUCUAAUUUUCUUUCUGCCAAGUAUCCACAAUAUCCAGUACCAACAGCAGAAUCACUGAAGGGUAUCGAAGGAAUUAAAGACCCUCUUAUAUCAUCCAAGAAACUAAUAGAUUCUGGUUUCAAAUUCAAGUAUGGACUUGAUGAAAUCUUUGAUGGAGCAAUUCAAUCCUGCAAAGCUAUCUCUAGUUUUAUAAUUACGUAA